AUGUUAGACACGUAUCGCUUUGACAUUGUUGCUCUAACAGAGACGUGGUUGAAAGAAAACAAAGCUCUUAUUGACUAUGUAACCAUCCCAGAUUACGAUCUACAUUUUAACAACCGCCUUAACAUGAAAGGUGGUGGUGUUGCAUACUAUGUUAGUUCAAGGCUUCAUCUCAAAAGGCGAAAAGACCUUGAAAACUUUGACAGUCAACUGGAACAUAUAUGGUUGGAAGUACCAGGAAAAAAUAAACAUAGUAAACUCUUAAUCGGCGUUGUUUAUCGCUCCCAGUCGUUAUUACCGUUUGCAGAGUGGUUAGAACACUUCGAAGAUAUCUUAGUUCGUGUAAAAUCUGCCUGGAAUGGGCCGUUAAUGUUAACUGGAGAUUUUAAUAUCGAUCUCUUGAAAUCCAGCCCAAAAAAAUCGCUAUAUCUAUCGACUUUGUAUCAAUUCGAUUUAACACAAAUUAUAACAAGUCCGACAAGAACAACCGAAAUAUCUAGCACACUCAUAGACCAUAUUUCAGUAGAUAAUGUUGACAUUGUUUCCAAGUCAGGUGUUCUACCUUGUUCCACAAUUAGUGAUCACGAUGGAACCUUCGCAUUGCUUAAUAUCAAAGUACCGAGAUAUGAACCGAGGUUGAAAUUAAUCAGAUCAGAAAAAAAGUUUGACCUACCAGCUUACAUAUCUGAUGUUGCAAGCCUUCCAUUCAGCAUAAUCUAUGGAGUUGACGAUCCCUCCCUGAAACUCGAGUUAUUCAAUAAAUUGAUUCUAUCGUGUAUUGACAGUCAUGCUCCAUUGAGGAAGAUGAAACUUACAAGACCUCCUGCUCCGUGGAUAAACAAUACUAAGCUGAAGUCACUGAUGCAUAAACGUGAUACUUUACGCCUACAAGCACAUGAAACUAAGGACCCAACAAUCUGGAAGGAAUUUAGAGAACUGAGAAAUCUUUCCAAAAAGAAAAUCCUUCAUUCAAAAAUGUCAUAUUAUAGAAAAUCAUUAUCAUCUUCAAUCUCUAAAGACGUCUGGAAAAUCAUACACAGUAUUUUACAUCCGCCGCCUAAAAGGAACACGAUGAAACCGGAUUCACUGAACUCGUUUUUUGCCGCUACCGCAUUGCGUACUGUUGGUAAGGAUCCAAUAUCACCGACAGAAACAAAAGCAUUUAUAGACACUCUACCAAAUGACAACGAGAGUAAAUUUACACUCCGUUACAUAUAG